AGGACUAGUGGCAGUCGCGCGCCGGCCGCUGCCUCGAUAGGGUGUUUGUGUUUAUGUCGUCGCGAUGAAAAUUCGACCGCCAUAGAGGUUAUGUUUACGCGUGCCGCGGGAACGAAACCGACCACGCAUGCCCUUCUGCGUCCACCUUUUCGAAAAUCCUCCACCGAUCGUCACGUGUCCAUCGGUAAAUCCAUCGAUUUCCCACGACACCGCGUCCCUCGGCCUACGCAGCAGCUUGGCAACACUUGACACACGCAAAAAAGCUUCGUAAAUGCACAGGAGCGUCGUGUGUGCUAGCUCUCGGACGUGAUUGGUGAGGUGGUGUGCGUGUAAAGGGCCAACAAGAGAGGCCGCAACGGUGAGCAUUCGAGAUGAGCUAUGAAUUUGGGCUGCCUGGUAGCCACCGUCUUCGUGCUUCAGCUGCUGUUCAAUGUCACAGCGCUACCCUCAGUCGUCAAGAUUGGUGCUAUAUUCACUCAUGACCAAAAGGAUAGCAGUACAGAGUUGGCCUUCAAGUAUGCCGUGUACAAGAUCAACAAGGAAAGGCUUAUCCUGCCGAAGACGACGCUGGAGUACGAUAUACAAUACGUGCCAAAAGAUGACUCCUUCCACGCGUCGAAAAAGGCGUGUCAACAGGUCAAGUACGGGGUGCAGGCAGUAUUCGGCCCAUCGGAUCCCAUCCUGGGCCAACACAUCCAUAGCAUCUGCGACGCACUGGACAUUCCACAUCUGGAAGCCAGGCUGGACCUGGACACGGAGGCGAAAGAGUUCAGCAUCAACCUCUAUCCCGCACAAAGUUUGCUCAACGCCGCUUAUCAGGACAUCAUGGAGUUUCUCAACUGGACCAAGGUCGCCAUUAUCUACGAGGACGACUAUGGACUGGUGAAGCUACGAGAACUCGUCAGGUCGCCGAAGUCUCGAGAGAUCGAGGUUAACCUCAGGCAGGCCGACCCGGAUUCCUACAGGCAGGUUCUCUCCGAGAUGAAAAGCAAGGAAAUACGGAAUCUCAUCGUAGAUACCAGGCCGGAGCAUAUGCAUCAUUUUCUACGAAUGAUCUUGCAGCUGCAAAUGAACGACUACAAGUACCACUAUCUCUUCACAACUUUCGAUAUCGAGACCUUCGACCUCGAGGACUUCAAGUACAAUUUCGUCAAUAUCACUGCCUUCCGUCUGGUCGACGCGGAGGAUGUCGGUGUGCGGGGCAUCUUGAGGGACAUGGAACGAUACCAACCGUCCGGGAAUACGAUCCUCAACAAAUCGAGAGUUAUACAGGCGGAGCCAGCGCUCAUGUACGAUAGCGUGCAGGUGUUUGCUGUAGGAUUAAGAACGCUGGAACAGUCACACGCGCUCAGGCCCGCCAACAUCUCCUGCGAAAUGGAACACCCCUGGGACGGAGGGUUGUCCCUCAUCAACUACAUCAACUCGGUCGAGAUGAAGGGUAUUUCCGGUCCCAUCGAGUUCAAAGAAGGGCGCAGAAUUCAAUUCAAGCUGGACCUGCUAAAACUGAAGCAACAUUCGCUCGUCAAGGUCGGUGAAUGGCGUCCAGGCGCCGGCGUCAACGUGACGGACACCGCGGCAUUUUUCGAGCCAGGAUCAGCGAAUGUCACUCUGCUCGUCAUCACUAUAUUGGCUCGUGUAUCGUCCAGAUCUGAUAGCGUGUUCCGUUGUUUGCAUGGACCCCCUGUUGCGACACAGGAAAUUCCGUACGUGAUGAUGCACUACGAAAAAAACUACACGGGGAACGCGCGGUUUUACGGUUUUUGCGUGGACCUACUGGAGGCGGUGGCAAGGGAAGUCGGCUUCUCAUACAGAUUGGAGCUGGUACCGGACAGGAAGUACGGCGCGAAAGACCCGGAAACCGGGGAGUGGAACGGCAUCGUCAGAGAACUCAUGCGACAUGAGCAGCCGUACGUAAUGCUGAAGAGCAGAGGGAAUUUCAGCGGGAACGCACGUUACGAGGGCUUCUGCAUCGACCUACUCAAGGAGAUAGCUCACAUGGUGGGCUUCGCCUACAGGAUCGAGCUCGUGCCGGAUGGCAAGUACGGCGUUUACGAUUACGAGACUGGCGAGUGGAACGGAAUAGUCCGCCAGCUGAUAGACAAGAAAGCAGACUUGGCAGUCGGCUCGAUGACCAUUAAUUACGCCCGCGAAAGCGUGAUCGACUUUACGAAACCGUUCAUGAACCUUGGCAUUUCGAUUCUCUUCAAGGUACCGACCAGUCAUCCAGCUCGACUAUUCUCCUUUAUGAACCCGCUGGCUAUUCAAAUCUGGCUGUAUGUGCUGGCUGCGUACGUCCUUGUCUCAGUGAUGAUGUUCGUGGUUGCCAGGAUCAGCCCGUACGAGUGGAACAACCCUCAUCCCUGUCAUACAGAGUCGGAACUUGUCGAGAACCAAUUCUCGUUGGCCAAUAGUUUUUGGUUCACCAUUGGCACUCUGAUGCAGCAGGGUAGCGAUCUGAACCCUAAGGCAACGAGCACGCGGAUCGUGGGUGGCAUAUGGUGGUUCUUCACGCUGAUCAUCAUAUCGUCGUAUACUGCCAACCUGGCGGCGUUCCUUACCGUCGAGAGGAUGAUCACUCCCAUUGAAAAUGCGGAGGAUCUCGCUGGUCAGACGGACAUCGCUUAUGGUACCUUGGAUAGCGGAAGUACCAUGACUUUCUUCAGGGAUUCGAUGAUCGAGACGUACAAGAAGAUGUGGCGGUUCAUGGAGAACAAGAAACCAUCCGUGUUCGUGCCCACUUACGAAGAAGGGAUCCAGAGGGUUCUUCAAGGCGAUUACGCUUUCUUAAUGGAGUCGACCAUGUUGGAUUACAUCGUGCAAAGGGACUGCAAUCUCACCCAAAUUGGCGGACUUCUGGAUAGCAAAGGAUACGGCAUCGCCACGCCAAUGGGCUCACCAUGGCGAGAUAAGAUAUCUCUGGCAAUCCUCGAGCUUCAGGAAAAAGGAGAAAUCCAAAUGCUGUACGACAAAUGGUGGAAGAGUCCCGGUGAUACUUGUAUGAGGACCGAGAAGGGCAAGGAGAGCAAAGCGAAUUCCUUGGGAGUGGAUAAUAUAGGUGGAGUAUUCGUUGUACUGCUGUGCGGCCUGGCGUUCGCCGUGUUGAUCGCGAUUUUUGAGUUCUGCUACAGUACCAGGAGGAACAUGCCGGCGGAACGGAGAGCUGCGGUAUCGACGCCGAUCUGCACGGAUUCUUUGCAAGGGAUCUCGCAAUCCGUGCAGCAACAGCAACAACAGCAGACGCAACAGCAGCAACAACAGCAGCCGCAACAGCAACCGAAUCAGCACCAGGAAUCCCUGUGCUCGGAAAUGGCGCGGGAACUGUGUCGCGCGUUGCGCUGCCACGCGUCCUCGCGGCGGCGUCGCGCCUGCGAGAAAUGCUCAACGCACGUGCUCGGCUAUACACCGGACAACCCCACUGCCACCCCCUUGAAUGGGAUGAGAUCGCAGAGAAGCAGCCUGGGUGUUCCCACAGUGGAACUGCCGCCACAUGUCCACCUGCAUCAUCACGCACCACCGCCACACGACUAUGACGGAACUUAAACUCACGAAUCUUUUUACACCUUUUGCGGUCACUUCUUGCGGCCUAACGAAUGGGAAGAACGUACCAACAGGAAGAAGAAGUGGUACGACUACGGGCGAGGAAGCUUCGAAAAGAAAAGAGAGGGGACAAGAUGGAAAAGACCGAGAAGAAAGUACAAAAACGCAUCAAGUAGCGCCGAACGGACAGAUCGACCAGUUCGUUCUUUUCCUUUUUUCCUAGAGAACGAAGUAGAAUACCGCCGCGAGUAUCACAUACGUCGAGAAUCACCGAGAACCAACGUUGCACAAUUUCUAUGAAGAGCGUGUGUUCGUCGUCGAACACGAACGAGAGAGGAGAAAGAAAAGGCUCUUGUGUUCCCGCGAAUCUCCCCUUCCUUUUUUCACCAAGAACACGGGCUCGUUUCACUUUCUACCGUAGAAUCUGCACCAAGAGACGAUUGUUCGCGUACGUUGGCUAACGCGGAGCGGAGGGAUCGAUCGUGGAGGACUCGCAUAACCCGUGGCGAAAAUCCAACAAGACCUGCCAUUUCUCAAUUCUCGUCCCGCCACUAUUUCAUCCUCUCGCUAUUUCUUACUUGCAUCGCGUAGAAAUAUCAUGGUAUUUGUCAUACGAUCAACCAAAAACUCGAGGAACUUGCGUUUCGAUGACCCACACGCAACAUUUCCCUCGAUUAAUCGAAUAGAGAAGGAUAUUUCAAAUCUCGCAGCGAUUUCUCUCGACGAAAAGAAAUCGUGGCGAUCUAAUAAGUCGAACAAUUAUUUGAUAUUAUUGAAAUUAAUCACAGGAUACAUCGACAAGAGCUGUGUAUCUCGAAAUACGAUCCUCGAGUAUUAUUUAGCACGACUAGAUUUUGAUCCAUUUGGAGGAAUCGUCGAGCCGAAGUACAAAGAAGAAUGUCGAAUUUUCUUUUUACUUUGCGCUAACGAAAAGAAUCGAACAACCGAUUUCAGUCUCGGAACAUUCCCUGUACAUUCCACGUCUGUCGGGAGAACAUUCGUGUUCGAAGAACGAUCGAGCCCGAGAUUAAACAGGAACGACACUUACCACGCGAUUUUUCUUCCGUUUUCGGCAAGACGAGAUGUCGUUGCGACUGACGCCAGGCUCGAUUCGGCUCUUCCUGUAUAUUUUCACGCGAGAAUACAACACGCGAUCGAUCGUAGAAAUCGGAACGGCCGAGUAAGGCGGUGAAACUAUCAUCUGUCGAUCAGACCGUUCCUUUUUUACCCUUUUGCGUCCACGUAAACGAACUGCACCGUAAACGAUUCUUGCAUACGUAAACGACCACCGGAGGCACAUUAACUCACAUAACACACUCACGCAGAUACAGAUUCGUGUAACUACCGCGGCGGCGCGCGCGAAUGUAGACGAUACAAUUUGCAAGUAUUUUAAAGUAAAACACAGAAGGCAAGCGAUUAACUGUCUAGAGUUAAAGAAAAAAAAAAUGAGUACAACCAAGUAGACGUUUGAUGUCAUUUCACGUGUGUAUAUGCAGACGGCGAAUAAACGUAAGACAUGAUGAUGGA